AUGCGUUCCCUCCGCAGGUCAAAUCCCGAACUUGGUGUUUGGACUCUAAAGUUUCCAAGUCACCGAGGAUUUAAUCAGACUCAAAGACGAGUCGUCGGUACUCUGACAGGAAAUGAAUCCUCAUUCAUGGACAGAACUAAACUACUCAUAAGGUUGAUGAACACUCUUCGACAGCCCACGACCGGUUCCGCCCUUCUUGGGGCUGUUUUGGAGACGUACGUUGAACCCAGAUUGGACUAUUUUCGAGACGUACAGUCAUUUGCACAUCAACUUGGUUUUCACGAGAGACUCAACUGA